CAAACUUUAUACCCAGACCCCUCUCUCUCUGUCUCUCUCUCUCUCUCUCACUGUUCCAAUUGCUUGGGACGUAGCUCGAAAAAUCAAAAGGAUUACAGGAACAGCACUUCAAUCUUCAAUCAGCAGCUUCAACGAAGGAAAUUGAAAGUGAGAGACCAUGUCAGUGCUUAUAGUGACAAGCUUAGGAGAGAUAGUUGUGGAUUUGCAUACGGACAAGUGCCCUCUGACUUGUAAAAACUUCUUGAAGCUCUGCAAGAUAAAGUAUUAUAAUGGGUGUCUUUUUCACACGGUUCAGAAGGAUUUUACUGCACAGACUGGUGACCCAACUGGAACAGGUUCUGGUGGCGAUUCUGUCUACAAAUUUUUAUAUGGUGAUCAGGCACGCUUUUUCAACGAUGAGAUUCAUCUUGAUUUGAAGCAUUCUAAAACAGGCACGAUUGCAAUGGCUAGUGCGGGAGAGAAUCUCAAUGCUUCUCAGUUCUACUUGACAUUGCGUGAUAAUCUAGACUAUCUUGAUGGAAAGCACACAAUUUUUGGUGAGAUAGCAGAGGGGUUUGAGACAUUGACAAGGAUCAAUGAGGCUUAUGUGGAUGAGAACAACAGACCCUAUAAGAAUAUCCGAAUCAAACAUACUUACAUAUUGGAUGAUCCUUUUGAUGAUCCUUCACAACUAGCUGAGUUAAUUCCCGAUGCCUCCCCUGAAGGAAAACCAAAGGAUGAGGUUGAUGAUAAUGUGCGGCUUGAAGAUGAUUGGGUUCCUCUGGAUGAACAACUAGGUCCACUAGAACUUGAAGAGCGUCUUCGUGCCAAAGACGCACAUUCCAGUGCAGUUGUACUUGAGAGUAUUGGGGAUAUUCCUGAUGUUGAGAUAAAACCUCCCGACAAUGUGCUCUUUGUUUGUAAAUUGAAUCCAGUCACUGAAGAUGAGGACUUGCACACAAUUUUUUCGCGUUUUGGAACUGUUCAAGCGGCUGAUAUAAUCCGUGAUUUCAAGACUGGAGAUAGCUUAUGCUAUGCAUUCAUAGAAUUUGAGACCAGAGAAGCAUGCGAACAAGCAUAUUUUAAGAUGGAUAAUGCUUUGAUUGAUGACCGGAGAAUACACGUGGAUUUUAGUCAAAGUGUUGCAAAACUGUGGUCCCAGUACAGGCGCAAAGAUCAAAAGGGCAAAGGCAAAGGGUGCUUCAAAUGUGGUGCACUUGAUCACAUUGCCAAGGAUUGCACUGGUGAUCCUGCCAACACACAGCAACCUCAAAAGUACAUAUUGAAGGAUGAUAAUGGACAGCGUGGUGGCGGCAAGAACUCUAGUUAUGAUAUGGUAUUUGAUGGAGACACUCCGGAAAUUCCAAGGCAAGAAAAGAGAGGUCAAGGUCACAAUAAUGACUGUGGAGUCGAGAAACAAAGGAUGAAUAAGCAGAGUUCCGAGGAACCAAGGCAUAGGGAUCGAGAAAACAAAGACUCAUGUUAUAGGGAUAGACACAGUGACAGAAGUAGAGGGUACAGAGAGGAUUCAAGUCAAGACGGUAAAGCAAAUCGAUCCAGUGGAAGUAGAAGUGGUCGAGAUCGUCUUGAAGAGGGAAGGGAUAGAGAUAGGCAUAAGGACGGACAAAGAGACACAGAUGACAAGACAGAUCAGCGUGAGAGCAGAAAGAGAGAUGCAGAUGAUGGUAUCUAUGCAGACAGGAGGGGUGAAAAAGAUUACAGAAAGAGGAGUACAGACAGUGAUAGAGAGAAUCACAAGGAGAGGCAGAGAAACAUAGAUAAUAAGGUCGAUCAGCGGGAGAGUGGAAAGAGAUAUGCAGAUGAUGGUGAGAGGGGUGGCGUAAAUUACAGAAAGAGGAGUGCAGAUAGUGAUAGACUAGUGGGACGGAGUAGUGACAGUGGAGAUUAUAGAAAGAACAGCGUAGAGAGGAGGGAUGAAACAGACUAUAAAAAGAGACAUGUAGAUGGUGAACGUCGAGACAAGAGAGACGACCGAGUCCAUAAGAAAAGAAGUGCAGAUGUUGAUGCCCAUGGAGGUACAAGGGAAAGAGAACAUAGACGGCGAUAAUGACAUCUUGAUCCCGAGAAAUGGCACGAGAUGUAUAAUUUUAACCUCCGAAUGUUGCUUCAGGACGUGUUUUUCCAUUUGUAGCAGUGUACUUUUCUACCAAACAAGUUAUAAAAUUUUGGAGUUGGGAUUUA